GUGGUAACGCGUGUUUCUGUUCGCUUGCUCCUUUUCAAAGGAAAGACCGGAGUGAAAUGGGGGCAUGUCCUUCUAGAAAGUCCAAAAGGCACAUCACACUUCUCAUGAUUGGUCUUGACAACGCUGGAAAGACAUCGACAACGAAGCACCUGUUGAGAGAGGGCAAUCCAGAGGACGUGGUUCCGACGGUGGGCUUCUCGAGCGUCGAGACAGAGCGCUGCGGCUUCCACGUGACUCUGUGCGACCUGGGCGGCGGCGCGAAGAUCCGCGCCAUCUGGGAGCGCUACUACGCUCUCGCCCAUGGCUUGGUGCUCGUAGUGGACGCAUCGGCUACGCAUAGGGCACCGGAGUGCCGCCGCACCGUCGCGGAGGUGCUGGCUGACCCACGGAUAGGAGGGAAACCUCUGCUAGUGUUGCUCAACAAGCAAGACCUUGAGACGGCCGUCGACGAAAUUGAGAUGUGUUCCCUGCUAGACCUAGAGAACGUGGUCAACCAGCACAAGUGCCCCACCCGAGUGGAGAACUGCUGUGCCAUCAGAUUCGGCGGCCGAAAGCGUAAGCGAGAUCCGGGUAUCGACAAGGGCUUCCAGUGGCUUCUGGGACACAUCGCCCGCAACUGGGAGGAGCUCAAGGACAGGGUGGAACGGGACACGGCGCUGCAGCACGAACAGGAAGAGAGGGACAAAGAGGAGCGCCUCGCCAGGGUCCAGAAGGCCAGAGAGCUCAGGGCCAAGGCACGCACGAAGGAAGGCGGCAUACCUGAAGAUGAAGGUGACAAGAACGGCAACAAGAUAGCCAGUUUUGAGCGCGAGCAGGAAGAAGCAAAGGUCGAGUGCUCCAGAGAAGGAGAUCCGCAGGAGGAAAGGAAAAUGGAGACACCUGAUGGUGCCCGUGUGAUAGUUGUCAGUCCCGUUCAGCGGCACUGCUCACCAACUGGGGGAGAAGAGAAUCAUAGCUUGCGUGAAGGUCGUUGUGUGGAGCAGCUUUCAAAUGACCGUCGUCCGUCCACACCCUCAAACAAGACGCUGGGACUUUCACUUUACAUCCCGGAUGCAUCCUGCCAACCAAUGACUCAGAUAGAGAUGUGACCACGCACGUUGAACUUUCUCCCUUUUCAUGUUGUGCAACACUACGUGCCUGUACAUUUUAUACUGCACCCAACUCUCAGUGCUAAACUUCUAGCACCGACUCUGUAACCUAUUCAUUAAUUAUGCUUAUCUUCUCUACUCAGCCGUACUACCCCGCAGCAGCACUCAACACAUAAUAUAAAUAA